GUUUGUGAGUAGUUAAAACAAAUUUUGCUUAUUUAUUUAUCUUAUGACUAUUUUCUACAGCUUGCAUUGAAAUUACCAGCAGAGACUGAAGAAGAACAAGAUAUACGUUCUGCAGCAAUGCAAGAUGGCCUAUGUACAGCUAUACAGGUACCACUGACUGUAUCCAGACUAACUAAUGGAUUGUGGGAACCAUUGAAGGAACUUGCCAAGAUAGGAAACAUCAACUGUAAAUCUGAUUUACAGGUUGGUGUAAGAAUGCUGGAGACAGGAGUUUGGGGAGCCUAUUAUAAUGUGAAAACAAACCUAGGUGAUGUCACAAAUGAAGAUUUCAAGAAGAAGGUAUCAGAAGAAAUAGAAGGGGCUGUCAAGAUUGCACAAGAAAAUUGUGCAGCAAUUCUGAAGAUUUUGGAGGAAAGGAAAGCCUAAGAUCUAGUCAGACUUACUCUCUAUGUGCUAUGCUUAAGUAAUCUUGCAUGACUAUUAUCUCCACUAUGUGUUAUUAUGGAUGUUAUGUCAUGUUAUUAUUGGAUUAUUGGAUGUUAUUUCAUAGCCAGAUUGAAAAACAUGUUAAUAUGAUAAAUGAUUUAUCUGGAGAGGAAAUAAGUUUGUUGAUCAAAAAAAUUGGUAACAUUGUUAGUUGCUUUUGAAAGAAAUUACCAUUUUACUUCCAAUGGUUUUUAUUUUAUAAUUCAAGUUUCUAUUUGCCAGAUAAAUAUUUUAGAAUUAUAGGAAUAUGUUGAAAAAAAAACACAAGGUGUGAAUGCUUAUAGUUUGACUAAAAUGAAUUUUUUUCUUAAUGGGGAAAAUAGACAAAGUUGACAUUGAAAAGAUUUAUUU